AUGCCUCUUCAGAUCCCCACUCCAACAUUCACCCUCGAGUCCUUCGAUCUCCCAUCCUCCAACCAGCGCCUCCUCGGACCCCCUCAUCCCCCAGAAACCGUAACCCCCCUAGCCCUGCGUCCCUCGGACCCAACUCCUCCCACGUUGGACGACAUCAUCACCGGCAUCCAAGCUCUCCAACACGACCAUCUCCUCACCCAGUCCCUCUCCCGCCAUGGUGCUCUCCUCUUCCGCAACCUCCCCAUCCACGACGCCCACUCCUUCAGUAAAUUCGCCCACGCCUUCGGCUACCCACCGCACGAGAUCAUUGGCAUAGUAGUCGACCGACCCCUCCUGGCACCCAACGUCGCACCGGCCAACGAAUCUCCCCCGGAAGUCCUUAUCUAUAACCACAACGAAUCACCCCAGGUUCCGCACGCCCCAGAAUACGUCUUUUUCUACUGCCAUCGAGCACCGUCCCCAGACGCAGGGGGCGAAUCUCCCAUCUCCUCGUCCCUGGAACUCUUCCAGCGCGCGCAGCUUGAAAUCCCCGAUUUCAUCACCUCUCUCGCGCAGAAGGGCAUCCUCAGUCGCGUCACCUACACAUAUACCCCGCAGUACAAAGGUGGAGCGACUUUACUGCAAUCAUUCGGGAAACAUAUCCAUCCCGAGGAUGACGACGCCGUCCGACGGAGGAAAAUAGAAGCCCAGAUUGCGCGGUACAAUCGUGGAAAACACACUACGUAUGAAUGGACAGAGGAUGGAAUCGUGCUCACGCAUCGAUUACCUGUGAUUCGGACGCAAGUCGGCACGAAUCUCCCCGCGUUGUUUACCGGGCUAGCGGCUUAUUAUCGCGGAGCGAAGGUCAAUGGGGCGAGGAAGAAUGUCGCGAGGCAGAUGUAUGGUGAUGGGACGGAGAUUCCCGAGAGGUAUCUGGAGACACUGGCGCGGAUUACGGAUGAGAUUCGUGUGCUCCAUAGGUGGCAGGAGGGGGAUGUGUUGGUGUUUGAUAAUGUCGUGGCGCAGCAUGGGAGGGAGCCUUGGAGGGGGAGUCAGAAGGAUCGGAUCGUUAUGGCGAGUUUGUUUGAUGGGGAUGUGCCGGGGGGAUAUGGGUUUGGAGAUUGGGCUAAGGUGGUGCCAGCGUUGGAGGAUCGGGAAAUAUAA